AUGGACGUCGAUGUGUUGGCGUUGUCGCUGCAGAAUGUACAUGUUGGAACUGAAUUUACUCUUCCUACUACAGUGACGGCACUCACACUUGUCAAAGUCUCGAAUUUGACACAGAUUGCGAUACCGGAAGCUACUCAACGACUCAUGUUGAAAGGGGUUGAGAUGAGCAAGUUGGUAGUGCCACACAAUGUCGGAUUUUUAUCACUUAAAAAUUUGAAGUUGACUGCUCUUGAAAUACCCGAGAAAUGCACUGAAUUGAGGAUUGGAGGAAUGCCAUUACAAUCAGUGAGUUACCCGAGCGGGAUUACUCGACUUAAAGCGAAGAAAAAAAUACUCAAGUUGUUUAAUGCGGAACACUUGCCAUUGGUGCCGAAGGAAAUAUUCGAGGAAAGGAAUUGA